GCUGAAAUAAAGGUUAUAUAAAAGUCACUGCUGUUACUGUUACACGAAUGUUGUUGUGGCUCCAGACUUUAUGUCAUCCAUGAGGGACGCAGUUGACAUAUGUUUCACAUAUUAUAGCCCAACACGUUACUUAUAGCACUUUAAAUACGAACAAUCAGUUUUUGGUAAAUACCGGAAAUCAGUUUUUUGCAGACAGUCACUUUUUGGCACAACAGCGGUUUUACUAUCUGUGUUGGUGUGUAUGUAAGAGACACGUGGGAAUACUGUAAGCUGGUAUUUUGACUCUUUUGUGCACAGUCCAGUGAGCAUUAAUAGGCUUCACACAGAUGUUCGUAGCCUCUGUACAAACUGCUGACUCUACUGUGAGCUAGAACAAGAUAUAUUGAACCUGUGGGAAUAUGACUCAGGUAAGCCAUCAUCCAUGGGGAGAGUGGCCUGGCCAGGGCACCGUGGACCUGUGGGUUGUCCAGUCUCCUCAGGUGAAGGUGGAAGUCCUAACCUUAGGUGCCAUUGUCAGAUCAGUGAGCUACAGAGGGAAGGAUGGACAAAUGGAGGAUGUAGUCCUUGGCUAUGAUAACCUGGAAGGUUAUGUAUCAGAUAAGCGGUACCUGGGCGCUGUGGUGGGCCGUGUGGCAAACAGGAUUGCAAAGGGACGUUUUGUCCUUGAGGGAAAGGAGUACCAGCUGGAUCUUAACAAUGGACCAAAUGCGCUGCAUGGAGGCCUGCGAGGCUUCAACAAGGUGAGGUCUGGUUAAUAUUAGUUUGUGCUCCAAUCUUAACAUGGAGCAAAAUUUGUGGAAAACUGUAUAAAUGAUGUGUUUUCCCUCUGUGUACAUGUUUCACCAAUCACAGCUAAGUGUUUGACCAUUAUUUGUAAUGUGUGACAAUUUGUGCACACAGUGCAGAGCAGCUACCUGAACACGACUCCCACAGGCAUCAAUUAUCCUGCUAAUAAUUUUAAGCUUUACUCCGUACGACUCUGGAUACUGUAGCUCCUGUGAAAAAACCCUUAAAUCAGAAGUACCUGACUCUGUGGUAUAAUUGUAAAACAUGUAGCCUAAAGCAGAUGACUCGUAGGCUGGAGAGGAAAUGGCGUGUCACAAAUGUAGAAGAUCAUCAUCAUUUGGAGAAAUAGUUUGCUGCUUUAUAAGAAAGCCCUCCGCAAAGCCAGAACAUCUUACUAUUCAUCACUGAUUGAAGAAAAUAAGAA